AUCGUCAAUGAAAGCCAGUCCGCCAUCUUACAUUGUUCCUCUAGUGGUUAUCCUCGACCUGAUGUUGUGUGGAGUAAAAACAACGGUACAUUACCACACAAACGAGCAGUAGUUGAUAGCACUGGCAAACUUGAUAUCAAACACGUGACAACCAAUGACUCAGGAAUCUAUCAGUGUAAGGCUUCUAAUCUUCUUGGCAGCACACAGACAACAGCGAAACUUCAAGUGAACUUCCGCCCAAUACUGACCUUGGACAAAGGACCAAUCUACAGAAAGAUUGGUGAUGACAUUCGCCUACCCACGUGUCACGUGACUGGAUUCCCUAAACCAAAUGUCACGUGGUCUAAGUCCAUUGGCUCGUUGCCAAAUAAUCGCUCUGAUGUCAAGGAUGGACAGCUGACGAUAAGAAAUGCGAAGAAGUAUGAUUCGGGCACAUAUGUUUGCAAAACUGAAAACCUUCUUGGUUCUGUUAUAGGAUCUAUUAUGGUAAAUGUUAUCGAUCUUCCUGUGUUUGUUGUCAAACCUCCAUCGUCACACAGAUCGUCUCCAGGGACAACUGUAGUGUUAAAGUGUACCGCUAAAGGUGACCCUCAGCCUGUCAUCAGUUGGAGAAAAGACAACGGCGUUCUUCCUGUUGGUAGAUAUGAAGUGAGAGAUGGCUCUUUGAUUAUAAGGAACGUCAAGAAAACAGAUUCGGGUGUGUACGAGUGUACAGCUACAAGUGCAAGUGUAUUUUAUACAGAUACCAGGACAGCAUUGACAGUGAAUGUUCCUUUAAAUUGCGCAGAACUCUAUAAGUCAGGAGAGAGACGUAACGGUGUAUAUACAGUGAAACCUGACAAUCAGAACGCGUUUAAAGUUUACUGUGACAUGACAACUGACGGUGGGGGUUGGACUGUGUUCCAGAGAAGAAAGGAUGGAUCGGUCGAUUUCUAUCGCAAUUGGCAACAAUACAAAACAGGUUUUGGAAACCUGAAUGGCGAGUUUUGGUUGGGCAACGAAUACAUCCAUAGACAGACAACAAGAACAGCGUCGAGUCUCCGCGUUGAGCUAGAGGACUGGGACGGAACUAGGAUAUAUGCCAAAUAUGGUAGUUUUAGUGUUGGUGAUGAAUUAGACAAGUACAGGCUGAGGGUUGGCUCGUAUUCAGGUACUGCUGGGGACUCGUUAAAAUAUCAUAACAACAUGGCGUUUAGUACAAAAGAUAGAGAUAACGACAAAUGGAGUAAGAACUGUGCUACAUCAUAUACCGGUGCCUGGUGGUAUAAUGGUUGUCAUCAUGUUAAUCUGAAUGGAAAGUACCGUGGAAACGAGGUGUCGGAGAAAGGAAUUACUUGGUGGCAUUUUCAUAGAAACUAUAAAAGUUUUAAGAAAUCUGAAAUGAAAAUGCGUACAACUAAUGGCGUUUAGUACAAAAGAUAGAGAUAACGACCAGUUCAGUGAUACUAUAACUGUGCUACAUUCUGGACCGGUGCCUGGUGGUAUAAUCGGUGUUAUACAUCUAAUCUGAAUGGAAAGUACUCGAAGACUUUCGGAAUUGAAUGRAAAAGUCAAUGAUUUAAGAAAUUUGAAAUGAAAAUACGUACCAGUACAUUCUAACUGUUAAUUUUCGAUUGCUCGAGCAUUUUUUAUAAAGUGUGUUUGGGAAUCAUGAUUCAGUAUAGAACGAGUUACUCCCUUCUGUGCUUAGGAAUAAUUGCAUAAAAUAAAAUAUUUUACACAAUGAUAGAAUGUUGCCGACACAGAUUAUAAUUAAAUUUAGCUAAAUUGAUCACAAGUACAAUAAAUGAAAUAAGAAAAGAAUAAAAUUUAUGUAAUUCUAUAUAAUUAAUAAAAUACACAUAGAUGUGUUUAAAGAAAUACUGAAGGAAAUUGAAAACAUUAAAAUUCAUAACAAGGAGGGACGACUGAAAAAUUGCCACUCCAUUCUGAAUGCCGUACCGAGCAUUAUUCACUUUAUCUCUUGUAAUGUACAUGUUCAACACAUGUCUAUAAUAAACAACUGUUUUUAAAAUGUACGA